CUCUCUCUCCUUUUAUUAUCAUCGUUACUAUUAUUUAUUAUCGCUGCUUCCAAGCUCCCUGCUCAGCCUCGGGGCGUCCCGUCCCUCCGCCCCCGCCCCGCGCCCCCUCCACCGCCCCUCCCUCCGCAGCCACCACCCCGCAGCUCUGCCGCGGCCCCGCCAGCAGCGGCGCGGCGAGCGGGGCGCAGAGCGGCGGCGCCGGGGCGCGGAGUCCCAGCGGCGGCCGCAGCCCUCCGGCACGGCCCCGGGCCCAUCCCGGGAGCUGCCGCUAGGUGGGGGGGGAGCCCGGCCCCGGCCGCUCCGGCCGCACAACAAUGACUUUGGGCAGCAGCGGCGGCGGCUGCGGGAUCAUGUCCGAGCGCUCCCCGGAGGAAGAGCCGCUCUCGGAGGUGGAGGAUGCGGAUAUCGACGUGGUGGGCCCGCCCCAGGACGGGAGCAAGUACAGCGAUGAGGAGGAGGACGACGACGACGACGAGGACGACGACGAGGAGGACGGCGGCGAUCCGCUGGGGCUCGCCCUGCCGCGGAGCGGGGCCGCCAAGGCGCGCAUGGGGGGGUCCCCGGAGCGGCUCUCCCCCGCCGGCGGCUCGGAGCCGGCGUGCGCCCGCGGCGCCGCGCCCGGGGAGAAGGCGCCCGCGGGCGGCGGCGGCGCCGGGGGCAAGAACCCGCUGGUGAAGCCGCCCUACUCCUACAUCGCCCUCAUCACUAUGGCCAUCCUGCAGAGCCCCAAGAAGAGGCUGACGCUGAGCGAGAUCUGCGAGUUCAUCAGCGGGCGCUUCCCCUACUACCGGGAAAAGUUCCCCGCCUGGCAGAACAGCAUCCGCCACAACCUCUCCCUCAACGACUGCUUCGUCAAGAUCCCCCGGGAGCCCGGCAACCCGGGCAAGGGCAACUACUGGACGCUGGACCCCGAGUCCGCCGACAUGUUCGACAACGGGAGCUUCCUGCGCCGGAGGAAGCGCUUCAAGCGGCAGCAGCAGCUGCACCCGCCGCACCCCGAGCUGCUGCUACGGGCCGGGGCCGCCGACCCCGCCGCCUUCCUGCCCGGCUUCGCCUACGGACCCUACGGCUACAACUACGGCCUGCAGCUCCAGGGCUAUCCACCACCACCACCACCACGCCGGUGGCGGAGGCGGCGGCGCUGCGGCGCCUUCCCCUUCCCGGCGCCGCACUGCCCGUUACCGGCUCCGCCGCCUCCCGCCGCCGCCUCGGUCUUCUCCGCCGCCUCGGGGCUGCCCUCCUUCCUGGGCGGCGAGCUGAACUGCAGGAAGUCCUUCUACCACCCCCAGCUCAGCCCUACCGCCCUGCCCGCCGCCCUCCUCCAGACCCUGAAGCCGGACCCCACGCCCGCCGGCGGCGGCGGCGGUGGCAGCGGCGGCAGCACCAACCACCCCUCUCGGCCCUCUUUUUCCAUAGACAACAUCAUCGGGGGGGCCGUGCCCCCGCCGCCCAGCACCAACCCCAGCGCCGCGCCCGCCGCGCCCUACCCCGCCGGCCAGGCGGGCCCCCCGGCGCAGGUCCUGGCCGUGCUCAGUCCCGCCUUGGCCCCGGCACAGCCCCAGGUCAGCCUGGCACACGAGCCGCUCCUGCAGCCGGCCCAGAACUUUUCCAGUAAAAUCACAACCCUGAGCAGCUGUCAUUUUUAAAGUGUGCCGGGGAGGGGGGGGGGGAGAGUCGCGAAGCAAACGGCCCCUUCCCAGCUCCCCCCCACCCCCUCCGAAACUUCUCCCCUUCCCUCUCCUCGUUCCCCCCCCAUCUCCUGUUGUGUUUUAAGGUAGGAAAUAUUUCCUUUUUUUUUUUUUCCUCCCUAAUUUUUACUUUAUUUCCAGGCUCUGUGGCAUCCAGAAAUGUUCGUGUCCCUUUGCUCAAAAAAAAAAAAGAAAGUAUAUAUAUAUAUAUAUAAAAUGAAAUAAAUCGGGAUGACGGGAGGGGAGAAAGAAUAACACGAUUUCGUCCCGCAAGCGCCAAAGCUUGUUUCUAAAGUGGCCGUAACAUAAGCUGGGACCUGGGAUGGUUGAACACGCAAAGUCUUGCGGGGAGUGAGGGGGAAUGUUAAGAAAGAAACGGUCUUAGGGUCGGAAACGUUUCCUUUGAGAGGUGCGGGGUUUCUGCGGGAGCGAGUGCCCCAAAUAGCCCGGGAAAGUGGCCAGGGGAGUUGCAGACGUCCCCGGUCGCAGCGAACCUGUUUUCAUUCCUGCGAAUCUCCCUCCCGGGCGGUUUCGCCAUGUGUAUCUGUCUCCCCCCCGGCUCUCAAAGAAAAUGUUUCAAUGGUUCAAUCUUAUUUUUAGUUUCUUUGAAGCUUCGGGUCUGGUUUUAAAAGGCACUGUUUAGGGUUUUUUAUUUUUAAGAAGAAAAGUCGGUGAAACUCAGGACUGCGGUUUAUUUUUUUUUCCUCUAUUUUUUUUUUUCAAUGAGACAUUCAAAUGCACGUUUAAAAGAAAAUCCGAUCCGUCAGGAAGUUUGGAAAAUUCCCACACUGUUUCACUGGUUUUUGAUCCCCGGUUUUCCCAUCCCCUCUGUGCGUGGGGUUUUUUUGUUUUGUUUUGUUUUUUUUUGUUUUUUUUUUUUUUUUUUUUGGUGUAUUGGUAAUUAUUUGUAUAUAGAUUAUUCGGGAGCUAAUGAGCGGAGUCCAGUUAACUCUUCACUGGUUGUGCAUCCGUCAUAUCUAUUUUAUUGAGAGAAAUCUGUGAAUAAUUUGAUGUGGAAAAGGCAACAUAAUUUUGUCCACCGUUGGUGUAAAUUAAUAAAUGUUUGUGACCUGGUUUAAAAAAAAAAAAAAAAGAAAAUCCAAAUCGUUCUUUGCGAUGUCUUUUGUCACGCUGGGAGCCGAGAGCCCCGCUCGGGCCUCGGGGAAGCGAGUGGCUUCCACCCUCGGGCUGGCGACACUCGCCCGGCUGCGGAGUUUCGCCGCUCGAAGCCGGCGGGACUGAGCCCUCCGCUCCGCGGCCGGGUGCGUAGCCUGCGCGGGGCUGCUCCGCGUCUCCUCUCUUCCCAGCUCUGCGGGCUGCCACACCGACGGUGAUUCCGCCGGGGGGGUCCCCUCUUUAGGUCCACGGGGCCGCUAAGGGAAAGGACCCCCUGGAAUUUUUCUCUUUUUUUUUUUUUUUUUGUAAAUUGUACUUUUUAUUUCUUUCUUUGCUUUUUGGUAUGCUCCCCCCACUCCCUAACCCCCUCCCAACCCCACAACAACCCCUGCCUGUUUCCAAGGGGGAGGGAAAUGGGGGCCAAGAGAAAGGUUCUCGCUUCCCUGCCCCCUCUGCCUCUCUUUUAUUUUGCUUGGAAAAGUUGACACAUGAGGAAAUAAGUUGGAGGGUUCCCCCCCGGCCCAGCACACACGGCCCCUUGGGCCUGCAGCAUUUGAAUGACCGAAUGAAACUUGAUCUCUGCCUAAAUUUUGCAACAACUUACAAAGUAAAUAAACAUCUUUAAGCGCUUUCUUCUCCUCCCCCCCCCCCCUCCCCAUUUAUUUAUUUCAGAGACCAAACGUGGCUUUUUGGUUUGUUUGUUGGCAGAGACCCUGAUAUAAAGAAUCGAGGCCUUUCUGCCCGUGCUGAAGAAGGGGAAAAAAGCUGAGACGUACAAGGCAGGGAGCAGGGGACGGAGCGGGUCCCCGGGCGAGCGGGGCUUUGUGCGGGGCCCGAGGAGCCGGGCGGUGUGCGCCGAGGUGGGGGGAGUGCUGUCGGUCUUUCUUUUCUCUUCCUCCCCCGGUUUCCCCCUUUUUUACCCCCCCGUCCUCUGCCCCUGUCUGUGCCACCCCGAACCUCCGCGCAGUUUGUUGAUGUUGUUCCUGAACGUGCCGCCUCCCCGCAGCGAGCGGUCUCACAUCUCGCCUUCACACACAUUUGCUUUUGAAAAGCGAUCUUCGUGUCCGGCACUUGGUUGUCUCCCUUUCAUGUCCAGCUCCUACAAAAGGGGCUACAAGACUCGACAUGGGAGAAAAGAGGAGGCCAAUGAAUCUAUUUUCCAGAUUGCCAAGCACAUGGUUGGAAAUUGAAGGGGCUUUUGUAGCAUUUCCCCUUCCUCCCUCCCUCCUCGCUCCUUUUCUUUUGCUUGUGUGCAAAUUGUUCAAUUGCUCUGGCAGGGGUGUUCCUGACAAGCUCAUUACUAGAAGGUGCCAGACCCCUCCUCUCCCUCUCCCCCAAAGUCUUUGAUGAAGUUAAAAUGCGCUGAUAGCUGCUCUCGGGGCUAUCUUUGUUCAGCCUCCUUUAAUAACCGAGCCUGCUUUGAGGGGACGGGAUCCGAAGGAAGAAAGCGAUGUGCACCGAGGCUAGGUGGUGGUUGUGUGUCUGGAAGGGGCGGGAGGGGGUGUUAUUUUAAUAUAAAGUAGAGAUUUUAUUUUUUUUUCUUGUUUGUUCGCGAAGUGCGGGAGGAAAAUGACCCAAAGUGCGCAUAAGAAAUAGCAGCCGGUGCCCGCGGGAAUGAACGAGUGCGUCUCGCUCCUGCGGCCCCCGCUGGGUGCAGGGGGUUCUCCAAGUUGGUGGUCUCAGGGUUUGGAGGGACGGAGGGGGGUCCUCUCUGCAGGGAAGCGGUAUUUCCCCGGAGAGACCCCUUCCCCCACACUCUCAGGGGAGGGGGCUUUCUUGUUUCUGGGGCUGGGACACCUUUCCCCGGCUUCUUUCCACUUCUUUCGCCUUGCGGAUUCAUUGUGGGUUUCUAAGCCGCGGUCGCCGCCCGGGUUUGAAGCUGAGCUGACCUGGGAGGGGGGAUUUUGCCCCCUUAGCCGCGGUACCCCCGCAGGACGGGCUCGCCGGGCUGGGCUCGGCUCUCGGGGGCUGCGAGCGUCGUUGGGGUUUUUUUGAGAGGUGGGGGUGAGGAUGCCCAAACGGCUCUAAUCUUAGAUUUUUCCCUUCCCAUCCCCUAAAUUUCUCUCAGCAAUUUCCGUGCCCCGGUCGAACUCACGCCGCCUGAAAAUAGUUGCGUCGCUUCAGGAGCCGGGGGCGGACCGGUGGGGACCUCCCGGGAAUCGGUUCCCCUUCCAGCCACCGGGACGGGGGGCGGCGGGGAGGGACCCUGGGGGACUCCUCCGGGCCAGGAACCCCUGGCCGGGCUCGGCUCGUGGGGUUAACGCGAAAUCUUGUCUCGGCGAGGCAGGACGGAUAAUGGCUCCUAAUUACGGGGCUGGCUGGCUCCGCAGCCCCGAUCUUCACGGGACAUUAUUUUUAAGCGUUCAGCGAGGAUCAUUUUUCACGCCUCGCUGCCUAAAGGAGGGUUUUAUUUAUUUAUUGGGGGGGGAGGUGGGGAGGACACCAGUAAUAACCGAGCACUGAAAGGAAAAUAAUUAGCUGUUGCAGUCGCCUGCUUAGGAGUCUUUGGCCAAAAAAAGCGACCCGGCAUUUCCCUUCCCUCUCGUCCGUAGGAGAAUCCGCCCGGUUCGCGGUGUUGCUGUCGGUGGUUGUUUUGCCAGCGUUAAACCCAGGGCACCGCCGGGCCGGGAGCGACUCUGUUCCCGUCGUAAGGCCCGAUCCUUUGCCGCGGUUUGGGUUAUUUUCCCUUUUGCCCUUCGCGCCGGGGCUCUGCUCGGUGGCUGUUCCUGAGCGGGACCGCAGGGAUACGGGUUUCAUUGCUCUGCCUCUCCGCUCGUGGACAAAUAUAUAUGGAACUGAUUAUUUUUAUUUUUCAAAUGUGCCCCCACUCCUCUCCUUUCUAUAUGUCAGAUGAAGGGGUUCUAACAUAAUCCGCGAUGCUCUCUGCGUAUUUACUUCGCGGCGGUUUUCUGUUCUGUGCGCAGCGCGGGUAAGGCGGAAAACGGGGUUUUUCCUUGGGUUUAUGGAGGCGGGAUAAAAUGAUGCUGCCCCGGAAUAUCCCCGUCAGGACCGCAGCGGGGGAGGACGGACACAAUUUAUUUCGCUGCUUUCGCUUAACUAAGCCCGUGUUAAUCAGAGCGGGUACGGAGAAAGGAAGCGAGUGGCCCUUCCCUCACCGGCCGGGCUCCGACCCACUGGCUGCGGCAUCGAGGCAUCCCGGCCCGGCCGGCCCUGAUGCCCUGUCCGCUCGGCCCUCUCCUCCUGCCUCCUCCCUCCUCCCCUGGCACCUUCUGCUUUCCAUUACUGCCGAUUUGGAGAAUUAGGGAAGGUCAAGAUCUUACUCCUUUCCCCGGUAGCUUUUUGCUUUUCUCUUUCUAGUUCUUCGGAGCCCCGAACAAAAAUAAAUCAACCUGGAUUAUAGAAA